CCCCCUCUCUCUCUAUAAGUAGUAGAAUGCGAAGCUAAUCGAUUCACUUAUAGUAUUGUCUUGUGGGUUUCUAAUUGUUAAUUCCUUUGUGCAAGUAACAAUGGCUAGUACUUCUGUAAGGCCUACCAAUUCCGUACCAGACUCUGCUGCUGCUGCUGCUUAUGAUUUUUCGCGUUCUUUUCAAAAUCUUGGGUUGGAAAACCAUGAUGGUUUCUUCAACACCAGCCCCGGCAUAGCUGCUUCUUCUUCUUCUUCUAUUUCGCCUCCGUUGAACUUAUUUCCGGCCGAAACCCAAGAAGGAGACCUAGAAUUCCCAUUGAAUCAACCAAUUCGUCAAGAAGCUAAUUUGGGGUAUCAUCCUCUCAACAAUGGAGGAGAUUUUCUGCAUUCAAACAUGUGUUCUGCUUCAGAAAAUUUGUUGGUCCCAAUGGAUGACCUUAAUCGGUAUUAUAACCCGUUUGGAAGAAAUCCAGUCCCCGGUAAUCCUAGCAAUUGCUAUCCGGGAAUGGGAAACUGUGGGGUGAACUACUAUCCUGAAUUAUACUUUAGGGGUCAAAUUGGUUCCAAAUGUUCCAAUAAUCUGGUUGAGUCAAGCGCAAUCCGAAGCAAUCGCUAUUAUUUUGGUAAUGACGACAAUCUGCCAAGUACUAUUAUGCAAAGUCCCGGUGGCUAUUCGACUGGACAAUCUGCGUUUUGGGGUGGCCUGAACGAGAAGAAUUUCCUGGAGAGACGCGAUAAGGCUAUGCUAGCUACGGAGAAUAAUGGUUCGAAUGGUAUGUUGGGGCUUUUGGAGAUCGGGGAUCCUAGUAAUACGAGUUUGGUACUUGACGGGGUUAUUGACUAUCUAAUGGUUUUGGUAACACAUGAAGAUGGAUUCAAAGUUUUUCGCAGUCUAAUCGGUCAAUGCGAUCACUCUCAGAUGGUGACGAUUGUUGAGAAAAUGACGUCGGACGCUGCAUCACUUGGUAUGGUAGUAGGUACUCAAUUUGGCUCUUAUUCGGUUCAAAGCCUCAUCAGGCGUCUCAGACGCACAGACUUGGCAAGACUGGUGACAAGCGCCUUGUCCUUCGAUAUAUGUGGCAUUGUGUUGACAACUUGGGGUAGGAAUGUAAUUAAACAGUGUUUCACCGUCCUGGAUAGAAGGGCCAAUGAGGUGCUACAUGAUGCAGUGAUAGCCAAUUACUACGAAUUGGCUAUGGAUCGUGGGGGAUGUAUAACCGUAAGCAAUUGCAUCGAAACCAUAGAGUCCCCACAACGAGGUUGGCUUCUGGAUCGCCUCUGUGAGGAAUCCGCUUGCCUUUCGCUUGAUCCCUCAGGGACCUAUGUUGUGCAGAAGGUUUUGGGACUUGGGAGCAGAAAGUACAGUUCUAUGAUUUGCGAACGUCUCCAAGGAAACUACAUACCGCUUUCGCUGAUAAAACACGGCAGCUAUACUGUGGAGAAAUGCCUGAAGGCGUGUGGAUGCAGGGGUUUAGAUUGUUUCUCCAAGGACAUCGCAGAGGACAAAAGCUUGCUUGCAAAACUCGCUCGACAUGAAUUCGGAAACUUUGUGGUCAGAGCGGCUCUAGAGGUCUCAAAGAUGGAGCCAUCUGGAAAGUACUACUUGUUCUUUGUGAAGAUUCUGGAACCAUGUUUUCCACAGCUUGAGAAAAACAAGUACGGAGUACAUGUGGUCAGGCAAAUUCAAGGUCGAGGUGAGACCCGUCCAGGAAACAAGUUUGGCCGACAUUAUUGAAGAAUCUAUGCCUUCAUUAUCUGUUCGCACAAUUGGUAUCCAUGGUGUAUCGCAUUUUGUUUCUUUUAUGUGGGUGUCGAAGUGAAGACCUCUGCAGCAUUGAGUAGAUAGAUUAUAUAGGUUUGUUUCAGUGUCUAGUGUGAGUUCUCUUUCGAAGUGCUGCUCUGUUCAUCUGGAUUUCAGCUGUUUUAACUACUUGAUGUACAUUCGAAAGUAUCAA